CUCUAUUUCAUCUACCGACGACCAUAAGGCGCCCUACGUGGAGUUUAAAUAGGAGUCGUGCCACCUUCUUGUGGAAUGCCUCUAGUACCUCUGGACAUUUCUCGAAAUGGGCGGUGGGUUCCCAAGAAUUGUGCCGAGGAAAGUAGCUGGCCGACAUUGCAGUCUAUCAACAAACCGACAACGAGUGCACUCUGUCACCGUCACCAAGAAGCGUCGCUCCACCUGCUUGCUGAUGUGGCGGUGCGGGGGCGGUCGGAGCCGGCAUCUGCGUUUUCAAGCUUCAGGGACUUGCUCCGAGACGAAUCUGAUGUGGGGGACCUUUCUCCACGUUACAUCGAGAAUGCUACGUUACCCUCAGGCCCAAACGCUAGAGUUUACCCUCCCGAAUGGAUUGGUGUUGCCGAUCAGCUGUCUCAGUGGGCAGAGAGCUGGGAUGGAGGGAAUGGGAAUCGGCACGGGCGCGGAGGAGGCACCUAGGGGAAUGAUUACAUCCCAUGAGUGCGGUAAUGUGAUGGCGCCCAGAAGUCCAUCCCGGUUGGCAUAUAGUCUCAGAGGCAGCUAGAGAAGUCGGGAGACUGGACCAGGAGAAAAUAGGGGUCCAUCCUCCUCCAGAGGAAGUGUCGGAUUCUUUCAUGCAUGAAUUUCUGAAUUUACGCGAAUAAAAGGACUAGGAGGUUUUUUCCCCAGCGGCUCCUAUCUUGCCUGCACAUUCGUUUACUUCUCCCUCGCCCACCACUGUCUCCCGCCCUGCCGCUUCCCCAGCCGCCGGGCCUAC